CAGCAGCGGCGCGUUCACGCUCUCGAGUCACUCCAGCGCUGCCGACUGUCGGGAUGUGACCCCGGAACAGGACGCCUCCUUAUACACAACACAGCUCACAAAUACAACAAAAAACGACAGAAUCCUGGACCAGGAGAGCAGUGCGUCAGGAGCAGGGGGGAUGAACCGAGAGGAAGCCCCUGGCAAGUCUCCUGAGGAGAUGUACAUCCAGCAGAAGGUGCGGGUGCUGCUCAUGCUCAAGAAAAUGGGAUCAAAUCUGACACCAAAUGAGGAAGCAUUUCUGCGGAAUUAUGCAGGCGUGGUGCACAGCCAGAUGAGUCAGUUACCACAGCACCCGAUUGACCAGGGAGCUGAGGAUGUGGUAAUGGCCUUCUCAAGAUCAGAGGCCGAGGACAGGAGACAGUGACCUCUCGCCAUGCCGAGUCACUACAGCUGAACACUACUCAACACUGUUGACCGAUGGAGAGGGCGGAGCUUGAGAUGAGAGAGGGGCGGGGCUCUGCUGCAUGCCAGUUGCCCCACUUCCCUUCUCUUCCCGGUUCCCCUCUUCUUCGUCACAUUAACUGUUACACUAUCAGGCCCUGCGGCCACACUACCUGAUGACUUACAGCAAACGAGUCAGAAAGAGUUCUGGUGGGUAAAUAUUAGAUUUGGGUAUUAUGUUUAAUUUUGCCAUCAUCCUUUUGUAAAUGGCGUUUUAUAUUUGUUCCCAUGAGAGACUUAAUGGACCAAGAGCUUAAAUUGUCUGGUCAAAAAGUAUAUAAAUCAUCUUAUGGGUUAUUACAGACGAUUUUAUUUUUCGGUGUAUGUAGUUUCUUCUUUUUAUUGUCCACAGGAUCCUGCAGGUAAAAAAAAAGUACCUUAUUUUUUUCAGGUUUUUUUUAUUUGUUUAGUAAUCGUUCGCAUCCUAAUUUCAUAAAACAUUAAUGUUAUUGUGGUGGAUACUAAAUUGUCAAAAAGGAUGAGGCCCGUACACACUCACAGAACGAUGUGCACAAAUGACCUGAUGUUUCAUGAUCUCUCUUUUCGAUGUAUGGAUUAAUGUGUAAUUUCAUAGCCUUUUUUGUACACAGCGUGAGGAAAAAAAAAAGUAGAACAGUGAACGAUUCGUGCCAACUGUGUUUUUAUGUAAAAUAUUUCUAAAGGUAUCUAAUGAAUGUCUUAGAUCCUUAUUUAUUUUUUCAAUGUCUUAAAAUGUAGACAUACACGGACCCCUUUUAAACUGCAAUUCUGAUUUGUAACCAAUUUUUAAUACAAAUGACUUUAGAAACUGUAAUAACCGAUUUACAUGUCAAAUAGAAAGCCUCAGCCUGAAGCGGUGUAACAGGACAUGCCAUACUCGGAUGUGAGUAUGUGUCAGCAUAUAUUUGACUGUCUGACUGAGUGGUGCUAGCGAAACACGUUUUUAGUUAUUCUAAUUGAAGUCGAAGAUGAAUAUAAUCUUGUGUGAAUUCAGAGGACGCUAAAUGAAAACCAAACCUUUUUUCUAUUAGGACUUCAAUUAAAUCUUAGAUUUUGUGUUUCGUCCUCUGACCUUUUUGGUAACAUUAUUUCAUGAUCAGUAUUUAAUGCGUAUUCAUGUUUUGUUAACUUGCUUAACAUAAUUAUUGUAUCUUAGUGUUUUGAAAUGACGCAUGCCUGCAUUGUGGUCUCUGGUGUAUGUUCAAGUAGCUCUGUAAUGGUCACAAGAGCCUUGCUGCAUUCAACAUCAGUCUACACCUCUUUUCAAUCUGUGGAUGUAAGUCUUUUUAUGAAAAUGGCUUUUAUAUUUCUCGCUAAUAUCAGCAAUAAGUAUUUGAUUGAAUGUCUUCAGUCAUCAAGAUAACUUGUCCAUAUGACAGCUGCAUUAUGACAGGAACAUGCAUCUGAUUUCUUUUUAACUGUAAAUCUUUAUUUUGUCUAUGCAUUGUUUUGUUUUUUUUUUUGUCCUGUUUUUUUUUUUUGCAUCAGAACCACACAAUCGUGUCUUACACACACUCAUUUCUGGUUGGGUUUGUGGAUUUGCAUCCAUUGAAUGUCACUCUGGAUUCUUGUUUAAUUCAUUGACUUCACUGCAUGUUGUCUGUACUCGCUUGAGCUGUUAAACUAUUUAAUGUGAAUUGCUUUUUUUAUUGUUUAAAAUUCAGUUGAAUGGUUGUUUUAUGCUGUAUGGCUGUCGAAUUCGUCCCUUGACUUAAAAGCGUCUGAAAUCUAUACCAACUGAACCAUUAAAGGAGUUGAAAACUGCC